AUGGCGGCAAAGUUCUAUGUGACGGCGGCACUGGUAGUGCUGGUGUACGGCAUCUAUCGCCGUCUGUUCCCCAAGCCAAUCCCAGGGAUCCCGUACAAUGCUGCAUCAGCGCAGAGGAUAUCAGGCGAUAAGCCUGGAAUGAUGGAAGCUUUUCAGAAACAUGGAGAGUUCAGCAGAUACCGCACUGGCCUCACGAACAAGCUGGGGUUCCCACUCGUGCAACUGUUCGCGUCGCCGUUCAUGCCUCCGUACUUGUACCUAGACGAUCCACGAGAGACCGAGGACAUACUUCUCCGCAGGAACAAGGAAUUCGACAGGUCGCCCAUCGCCAGUAUUGUCAUUGGAACUAUCAUGCCGCACUCGACUAUUGUGAAGAAGACGACUCCCCAUUACAAAGCCCAGCGAAAACCAUGGCUGGAUGUCAUGGCCCCCGAUUUCUUGCAGCGGGCUGUGGCGCCCAGCCUCUACAGUGCAGGCCUGGAACUGUUGGAACUCUGGAAAGCAAAACAGGAGAAGGCUAACGGUGCGGAGGUUGACAUCUUGCAUGAUUUUGACACCGCAGCACUCGAUGCUAUCUGGCUUGCGAUCUUGGGGGAAAAGCUUGGCGGCAUGAGAGACCAGAUCAACGAGAUCAACGGCGACAGCAAAGGAAAGGCUUCGACGCAAGACGAGGACAUCGCUAGCGGCAUUGAUAUGCAGAACGCUUUGGAUUUCAUGAACAAGGCUGCCCUAGGCUGGCGGACGUUCAAGUUCCCACCGCUACAGCUUUGGCUGCUGAAGAAGGGGAAGGAGUAUCAAAAGUAUGAUGGCAUCAAGAACAAGCAGAUCGAGAGAAUCAUGAGAACUUCCAUCGCAAAGUACCAGGCAGCCAUUGAGAAUGGUAUUGAAGCCCCAGACAAUUGCGCGAUGGACUUAGUCCUGAGGCGUGAGGUUCAGGCGGCCCACAAAGCAGGUGUGCCGCUGCGGGACUUGACCAAGGAUGUUGAGUUGCGAGACGAAGUGUUCCUGUUGUUGUGGGCGGGCCACGAUACGACCUCGAACACGCUUUCCUGGUGGAUAAAAUACAUGGCUCACUCCCAGACGGUACAAAGCAAGUUACGGUCGGCACUCCGAGACGCUUUUCCGGGCAUAGGGCUUCCCUCUGUCAAUGAUCUCGUGGACUGCGAUAUCCCAUACCUGGAUGCUGUCAUCGAAGAGGCUAUGCGCUUGGCAGGAACCGCCACCGUGACUCGGCAGGCGAUUGUCGACACCGAGAUCCUUGGAAAGAAGAUUCCUAAAGGAACCAAUAUUGUCUUCAACAACAUCAUGAAGAGCCGACCCGUUGCUGUACCAGAAGAAGUACGCAGCGCAACAAGCCGUGCAGCCUAUGAAAAGCGCGGCCGUCCUGGGAUUGAUGGCCCAGCAGGCGACAAUCUAUCAGACUUCGUACCGGAGCGCUGGCUUAUCAAAGGCCAGGACGGGAAGGUUGAGUUUGACGCUUACGCCAUUCCGCGCCUAGGCUUCGGUGACGGCCCUCGAGGCUGUUUUGGUCGAAAAUUGGCUAUGCUUGAAUUGAGGAUCAUGAUCACCCUUACUGCACUGAGCUUUAACAUGCUUCCGUUGUCGAGCAAGCGAGACAAUAUGGAGGCGGUUGAGACUAUGUUUCGGAAACCAAAAGCGUGCUACGCUAGAUUUGAGAAGCUAUAA